AUGUUCAGCUGGCGCGUAUUGCUGUCGGUCACCCUAAUUUUGGCGGCAGCUCGAGCACAGACCCCCUUUGCUCUUACAUGGUCUAACAAGACGUACGGCCCAGACGGCCCAUGGACUGCGGUAUCUGUCACGGUUGGGACCCCAGGACAGUCAAUCGAUCUUUACCCCGGCGCCAGCUGGUACAGUUCCAUCCUGGUCUCUUCCCUCUGCAACAACUACACCCUUUCACUGCUCUGCUACGCGGACGAGGCGGGCGUUUACGAUUUUGAGCAGAGCAGCUCUGACGGCAAUGUUACUGACCCGGAAUGGGCAUACGCGAAUACCUUCCCCAUGGGUGGGUACCUCGAGACCAAUAGCUUCUAUGACACCGUCGGUCUAAGCAAUGGUGUCUCCGUCCCCAAUGUCUCGCUGAGUGGUGUUUUCGAGGGUUCUCAGACAUAUCCAGAUGGCACCAGCUACCCACUUGAAGUGGGCUACCUGUCCAUGGGUGCACCCGCCCUCUAUGAGAAGGAAGACGGUGACCGGAUGAUGUAUAUUCCCAGCUGGCUGUAUACCUCCGGAGGUUCGAACCAAACCCCGUCUUACUCGUACACCAUGCACCUUGGGUCUGCAGCAAAUCCCCAGAUCCCUGGUUCUUUGCUUCUAGGGGGAUAUGAUGAGGCCCGCGUACUGGGCAACGUCACCACGCAGUCUUUCCAGUCUGGAAGUAGCCGAUUCAUUAUUGGACUCCAAGACAUCGGCCUCGGCGUAGCCUCCGGAAGCUCACCGUGGGCUGACUUCGACAGCAAGUCCGGGCUUCUCGCCCAGUCCAACGAUAGUAUCAUCCCUCCGGUCUCGGCCGAUAUUGACCCGACAAAACCCUACUUCUAUUUCCCUCAAAGUACCUGCGAUGCGAUUGCGGCCAAUCUUCCCGUUUAUUUCCAGAAAAAGUACGGCCUGUACUUCUGGAACACCACAGAUCCCAUGUACAACAAACUGAUAACAUCACCUGCCUAUCUGAGCUUCACCUUCCUCCAGGACUCAUCUGAUACUGAUACUCUUACCAUCCGCGUCCCGUUCGCCCUCCUCAACCUCACCCUCGAAGCUCCGCUCAUAGCCAACCCAACACCCUACUUCCCCUGCAUAACUUCCACCGGCACCAUCGUCACGGGCUAUAAAUUUGGUCGCGCCUUCCUGCAAGCUGCCUUUCUGGGCGUCAAUUAUGGUACAGGAUCAGGCUCGGCUGCAGCCACUUGGUUUCUCGCACAAGCACCCGGGCCAUCCCUCCCAGACUCUUCCAUUAGUAGUAUAAAUGUUACCGACACUACUAUUGACUCUAUGUCCUCAGUUGAGUGGGCAGAUACUUGGGCCUCCUACUGGACCCCUCUUUCUAGCAGUUCAUCGCAGUCCACAUCAUCUGCUUCAUCGAAGUCCUUAGGCGACAAUGGUCUUUCCGCAGGAGAAAUUGCCGGUAUCAGCGUCGGCAGUGUUGUUGGGGGCCUUCUUAUUUUUGGACUAGCUUUCUUCAUCUUUCGAAGUCGCCUUAAUAAUUCUAAGGGCAAAGAAGGGGGAAAAGAAGGGGACCAAACCUCAGACGAGAGCAUUUCCUAUGGGCGGCGGCAAUUAGGACCGCAGAUGUUGUCUGAUGACAUGGAGGCAAUUCAAAAGGGGGAACAUCAUGUUGUAGAGUUGACCGGCACGACACGCCCGGUGCAUGAGGUACCGACCUGA